CCCCCUCAUCUGUCAGUCAAGUUCUUUGCGGUGCUAGGACAGCAAACUUUUACAUGUUAAGACCCGAGAAGGGGAAACUCUUUAUCUCCCAUGAAUCUGUAAAGUGAGAUGUUGGGCAAGAUGAGGGGAGAGCUGAGUUUGUGGGGGCUGCCUGAUACUUUUGAAAGGAUUUAACCUGCAGCAACUGUGUUCAUUCUAGAAGCAUGACAGAAAAAGAAAUUCUUGAGCCAUCUGCAUCACCCACAUCUGAAAGGGGGAAACCCACAGAAGGGCUGCAGCGGCUAAAGCAGCUUUUCACACGCAAGCCCAAGGAGGAGCCUGCCCCAGAGGAACCACAGGCCAAUGGAGAGCUGGUCAGCCCCACGGGAGGACCAAUCUACUACAUCUAUGAGGAAGAGGAUGAGGAAGAAGAGCCUGAGCCACCGCCUGAGCCGGAGAAACCAGUUAACGACAGACCUCACAAGCUCAAGGAUCAUUACUUCAAAAAACCCAAGUUUUGUGACGUCUGUGCCCGCAUGAUUGUCCUCAACAACAAAUAUGGCCUGAGAUGCAAGAACUGUAAAACUCAUAUCCAUCAUCACUGCCAACACUAUGUGGAGUUCCAGCGCUGCUUUGGCAAGAUUCCCCCGGGUUUCCGUCGUGCUUACAGCUCUCCAUUGUAUGGUGCUGAACAACGUGCUGGUGCUAACCGCAGUGACCCUGUGUUUGAGACGCUGCGGACGGGUGUUGUCAUGGCAAACAAAGAGCGCAAGAAAGGGCAGGACGACAAGAAGAAUCCAUUGGCUGCUAUGAUGGAGGAAGAAACAGAGGCCCCUAAGCAGGAGGGUGGCAAACCUGAGGCAGGAAAUCCAGAAGGACAGAAAGCUGAGAAGAAUACCCUUGAUGACAAGAGUAAGAAGCAGCAACCUGGAUUCCAACAGUCCCAUUACUUCAUUGCACUCUAUCGCUUCAAAGCCUUGGAGAAGGAUGACCUGGAUUUUCACCCGGGGGACAAAAUUGCUAUUGUCGAUGACUCCAAUGAAGAAUGGUGGCGGGGCAAGAAAAUUGGGGAUGUCGGGGACAAAAUUGGAUACUUCCCACCAAACUUCAUUAUCCGAGUGCGCGCAGGAGAACGGGUACACAAAGUGACGCGGUCCUUCGUGGGCAACAAGGAAAUUGGGCAGAUCACACUAAAAAAGGAUCAGAUUGUGGUACAGAAAGGUGAGGAGCUGAAUGGCUACGUGAAAGUCUACACUGGCCGCAAGGUGGGGUUCUUCCCUGUCGACUUCCUCCAAGAAAUCUGAGGCCCAGCCCUAGCAUUUACAAUGGUUUCAGAGCCAGACCUGGAGAAGGCCAGGUUGUUUCCUUGAAGACAGAGAUUUCCGACUGCCAAGGACUCUCUGCAAUGGAGUUGGGUUCUGCGAGUGCCUGUGUGGCCCAGAAUGAAGAUAUUCCACCAAGGCCUGUAUCUCUGAGCUAGGAUUCAAGGCGAGGAGUACUGUACAUAAUUUUGUCACCAUUGGGGGGCCUUGGCACUCCUGUUGAACUCUGUGGCGGUGGCAGAUUCCAGAAUGAGUUUAGCCAUUAAUCCUUGAUGAUGUAAGCCACGGAGGUGCUGGGAUGUGGACAAAGGUGUUCUGCUUCCUGUCUGCAAAGGAAGUGGAUAGCAAUAGUUCAUGUUGACUGCCAGACUUGACAAAUGGCAUUUGCUGCUACCUCCUGCAGGUGGCACCAAGCUUGUGUGUGUGCGUGCGUGUGUGUUUACUCGGAAGCAAAUGGCUGUCCCUUUGCUGGCGGGGGGCAGGCCUGGCUCCCAGCGUUACUUGGAUUACUUAGAUUUUGUUAUGUUUUGCCAAUGUAUGUUAUCUCUUUCUGCCCCCAGCAGCCUGCUUACCUGCCUUGGCGUAAAGCAGCAGGAUUUGGGAUCACUGUCCAGUGAAGUGGCCUGAUUUGCUUGGGAAAAGUUGUAGGGCUGAUCAGCUCCAGUUAUGUUGAAUUAAUAUACCUCUCUUACCAUCCUUUCCCUACAUCUCCCUACUGUUGUGAAAUUGAUUCUUUUUAGAUUGUCCCCUUUCAGAUACCAUCUGGUCUCACUUAUGAGGGAGGCCUAAUGUUCUAGAUGCUUCUAUUUUGGGCAACAUGUAUAUACAUGCAUUUCUCUAUACUGUACACAGACAUUUCCCAGCCUUUUUUGCUGUCAUGAGGUUGGGGAAAGAGCAUGCAGGAUCACUAAAUGACCACAGAAAAGUGUGGGGAUUUCUUGGUAUAGAAAAAGAGCAUUGUCUGUUUCUAUGAUCCUUGCGUACUUUGAGAUGGCUCAAGAGAGCAUGGAGUCCAUGAUGAACUGAGCCCUCUGGAUGUUCUGAAAAUGAGACAACAGUGGGUCUGCAAGUGAUGCAUGCAGAUUUUUCCAUGCUUCUGACCUGGUCACAUGUGCACCUCCUCCAUACAAAGAGGCAUGAGCUUACAUACCCAUCCGAGACUCAUAGAUCUCCUGGUGGGAGAGAGGCCCCAAAAGAUGGCCUGUGAACUCUUAUUUGUGCAUCUGAAGCUGCCUUUUUUCUUAAGUAAAUGAGGAAACAAUUUCUCCUUAUAAUCUCUAGCAUUACUAGAGGAUAAUUGAGGCUGGGCGUGGGGGUGAGGGAGAUGCCAUAGAAACUGAGCCUGCACUGAGAUAUUGCCAGGUUUCAGGACUGCUGAAAAGGUACAGACAGCAUUUGGUGACUAGCAUGUUAUGUGCAGUCAUUUGCAGUACUUGCCCUGCUGGUAAUCUUGGUGCAAUUGCACUCAUUUCACAUGAGCCCUUUGCCUGCUCACAUCUUAGGAUACUUGCAAGGUUUGUUUGCACAUACUCUCAUGUGCAGUCGUGUUCUGGUGCUUGCUUUCACACCUGCACACUGAGGCACUCAUAUUUGUUUUCAUGAGAGGCCAAGCCAAGCCAGCUUGCAGACAGACCACUUGCUCAUUCUCAUUUACUCACAACUAAUUAUGCUUGCCAAAGCAUGCUAAGGCAUCAACACACUCCAAAUCAUGCUUAGUUGUUACCCAUUUUUCAUGUACCUGCACACAUAAACACUGUGGUGCCCUUCUCAAUGUUUGCUGCCUGUUCAACACUUGGAAUUCAACAAGACAGCAGCGCUGCUUCCCUGCCCUCUCUAAUGCUGCCAUCCCAUUAGACUAGUAGCCAGAAUUCCCCUAUGUGCUUCCUUUGGCUUCAUGACCUAUAUUGGUUUCAUAGAUCCAUGGUUAUUGCAAGACACACCAGCCCAGUCCAUGCGGGGCCUUAUUUUUUUCUCCCAGUCUACCCCUUGUUUAGGAUCUCUGUCCACCACCAUACCCACUUUUAUUGAGUCCCAUUUUUCUCUUGCAUUUCAUGGAAGUUUCAUCCCAAAUACAUUUCAGCAGUGCUUAACCUUCGUUGUCAUGUGUCCACUAGUGGGUGCUGACACAUCUACAAGAUUCUGACUGCUGGUUAUAUGGUUUCUUCUGAAAUGUUACAGGAGUUAUUUCCCUUUAUUUCACCCCAAAUACUUUGAUGGUACUCAUAUAGUACUGGGUAAUUUACAGAUUCUUGGGGCUAGUCUAGCAGAACCAAGGCUGCUUGCAGUCUGAUCCAGCUCUGGAGUAACUCUUAAUGCACAAGAAUAGGAACAGGCUACAACUCGUUUUCACUAUGGUACCUGAACCCACGGUUUUGCUGCUACCAUUUGCCAUAUUUAGUCCACAUUUCCUUCUAGGUAAUGUAAGGAUACCUAAUUCAUAUGAAUAGGGAUACUUGGGACUGGUGUGAAUCUAACCACAGUUGGGUAGUACACUUUGAGAACGACCAGAUUUGCCACCUACUCUAAAAGGUUAAGUAACAUAGAACCAAGGACCAGACCUAUCUUGGGUCGGAGUGAGAACUAGUAAAUCUCCAAGGCAAAACUCAACAUAUCAUUCAUAAACAAGGGAAAUACAAGAAAUCAAGUCAGGCACAAAAGAAAAUACAGACAAAAUGCCAUCAGUGGUCCAUUAGCGAAUGGGACACUACCCCACCAGCCUCAGCCAGCCCCCACCCACCUGCCUUCUCAUUGCAACCAGUCAGGGGGUAUCUCUGCCUGUCAUUGGCUGUGGCUCCAUCUCUUGUUGGUCUCCAUGCCUUCCACCCUACCAGUCCAAAUGAGCAUCAACCACCACUGAAUGCCAUACUAACUAAUGACAGUUGAAAGUUCAGUAUUAAAGGAUAGAGAACAAGGUAGAAGAAUCAUCUAGUUACCAAGUGUAUUAAGGUCAUUGCAAGUAGAUGCAAGUAUACUCUAAGGUGGGAAUGGAGAACUUAUAGGAACAUAGAAAGUUGGUCCAUCUAGCUCAGUGUUGUCUCCAGUGACUGCCAGUGGUUCUGACUCAAUCAAGGAGUCUUUCCCAGCCCUUCCUGGAUAUGCCAGGAACUGACCCUGUGACCUUCUGCAUGCAAGGCAGAUGCCUACUACUGAGCUGGUCCUUCUUACUUGUCCUUCCCACGUGUAAGUCUCCAGAGGUUUCUGAUCUGCAGCCCCCAUAAUCUCUGACUAUUGGACAUGCUGUUUGGGAAUGAUGGCAGUUGGAGUCCACAGAUGCUCAAAGGCCUAGAGUCAGAAUGGGCACUUUGCAGUUCCAGAUAACCUUGGGUGUGCGUGUGUGAGAAGCAGAACAAAGCAGGGCUAUUUAUUGCUAGGUACUUGGUCUCGUAUCUAAAAUGAUUUCAUGUUAGUUAUAGCCUCCUUGGAGCAUUGGAACCCCAUGUGAUUUUUGCACCCAAGGAUUUGUGUUAAUCAGCUUCACCCAAAGAGCUCAGGUCUGAGUCAUAUGUGAGCAAGGAAGAGGAGAAGUUAGCAAAUAGGGUUAAUUUGCACUUGUUAGGACAUGUGUGCAAGAAGUGUUUGCAUCGUUUUCUGAUCAGAUAAGAAGGUAUGAGCAAUGAAAAAAAUGUACGGUGGGUGCUAAGUGGCUUUGAAUAUGCCUCUCCAACUGCCUGUCUAGAACCUUUCAGUACUGCAUUUGUGAGUGGGUGAUGCAAGGUGGGAAUUGAUAGCUAUGAUUGGAUUUCAGUUGGAUAAGGCAAUACAAAAACAAGCAUAUUUUUUUGUCUCUAAUACAAGCAUAACCAAUGUUUACACCACUGUA